GCUACUCGUGGUCAAAGAGUGGCUUUAUUCGCCUUACUCCCGCCGCUCUUGCUCCCUCGACACGGACUGCAGAUCUGAGGAGACUCUCACGGCAACCAGCAAUGGAGCCCUAUCUGACCUCGUCCAUUCCCACCGCCAGGAGAUCUGGUGGAAAGUUUGCUCCUUUGGCCCUCGCCCUCCUCUUCUUCCUGGUUUGGUCCGCUACGCUUCCAUCGACAGGAGCUUAUGAUGCACUGGACCCAAAUGGAAAUAUUACAAUCAAGUGGGAUGUUAUGCAAUGGACUCCAGAUGGAUAUGUUGCUGUUGUCACAAUGUUUAAUUUCCAACAAUAUCGUCAUAUCCAAGCACCUGGGUGGACUCUUGGGUGGACAUGGGCAAAGAAGGAAGUCAUUUGGUCCAUGGUAGGAGCACAAACGACGGAGCAAGGUGAUUGCUCACGAUUUAAAGGGAACAUUCCACAUUGCUGCAAGAAGGAUCCUACCGUUGUUGAUCUAUUACCUGGAACUCCAUACAAUAUGCAAAUUGCCAAUUGCUGCAAAGGAGGGGUUAUUAAUUCUUGGGCUCAAGAUCCUGCCAAUGCUGCGAGUUCAUUCCAGGUCAGUGUUGGUGUUGCAGGAACCACCAACAAGACUGUCCGUGUUCCCAAAAACUUUACCCUCAAGGCUCCAGGACCAGGGUAUACAUGUGGAAUAGCUAAGAUAGUAAAACCUACAAAGUUUGUCACCCAAGAUGGAAGGAGAACAACCCAAGCUCUAAUGACAUGGAAUGUUACCUGCACAUAUUCCCAAUUUCUUGCUCAGAAGACUCCUACUUGUUGUGUGUCACUUUCAUCUUUCUACAAUGACACAAUUGUCAACUGUCCUACAUGCACAUGUGGGUGCCAGAAUAAUUUAACUCAACCAGGAAGUUGCGUUGAAGGUGAUUCACCUUAUUUAGCUUCUGCUGUUAAUGGACCCGGCAAAAAUAGCUUCGUACCUUUGGUGCAGUGCACAUCACAUAUGUGCCCAAUAAGGGUGCAUUGGCAUGUGAAGCUCAACUAUAAGGAAUACUGGCGCGUGAAGAUUGCGAUAACGAAUUUCAACUACCGGAUGAAUUAUACACAGUGGAACCUUGUUAUCCAGCAUCCAAACUUAGACAAUCUCACACAACUUUUUAGCUUCAACUACAAGGCAUUGACUCCCUAUGGAGGCAUAAAUGAUACUGCAAUGUUUUGGGGUGUUAAAUACUACAAUGAUUUGCUCAUGGAAGCUGGACCUUAUGGAAAUGCACAGUCGGAACUUUUGAUCAAAAAGGAUCCAUCAACCUUUACUUUCGACAAGGGAUGGGCGUUUCCAAGGCGAAUAUACUUCAACGGCGACAACUGUGUCAUGCCUCCCCCAGAUUCAUAUCCAUGGUUGCCAAAUGCUUCCUCACAUAUGAUGAAUAGCAUGAUGAUGACCAUUCUAGCCGUGUUGAGUUGGUUACUAAUUAUUGCCUUCUAAAUUUGUACCUACAGAUUACUUAUUUUGGAUUCUCCAAAGAGGAUAGGUUGUCCACACUUAGAUCUCGUUUCCUCCAUGGUGACAUCUGCUAUACUCCAAAUUAAAAAUCGGAGUUUAGAUUCAGUCACUUCAUUGAUCUUUUAUUUUAGAACCUUGUUUGUAGAAUAAUGGAGUCUCACCAUAUUUUAUAUUUGUAAUGCAUUUGAACAGAAAUUUUAUCAUUGCAAUUGAUUUUAUGUACCUGUA